CGGUGCCCAUAUCCCCGUGUCAGUCUCUUAGGCAACCCAGGUAAACAAGAUGGCGACCUCCGGGGGAGAUCCCCAGAGAAGAAAAACUAACCAGGGAGGCGUGAGUGGUGGAAGAGGCGGAGCCCAGUCGGUACUGGUUCGCUCAGAAAAAGAACGCUGGUCUUCUUUUCCCAAGGGUCAGAGACUGACAGGUCCUUCCACACCUUCCUCCUCCACCUUCCUGCUCCAGCAGAUCGUUCACCACCGCUAUCCGGAGUCCGAACCAGGGCAAGAGGAAACCGAGAGCGUGGCCAUGGGCGAGGAAGAGGAGCUGACGGAUUCCGAGGAGUCCUCAGAGUCCGAGCUGCUGAAUUUGGAGGGUGAAUUUGAUGGCGUCCUGAGAGAGGAGGCUGUGGCUGAGGCACUCUACCAUUUGGGGCGCUCCGGUCCCGGGACUGAGCAGGUCUUCCUCAACCUAACUCUAUCGGGUUGUGAUUUGAUUGACAUUAGCAUCCUCUGCGGAUAUGUCCACCUGCAGAUGCUGGAUCUCUCAGUCAAUAAAAUUGGAGAUCUGUCUUGUGUGAGUUGUAUGCCAUAUCUUCUAGAACUUAAUGCUUCUCAAAAUAGAUUGACUACAUUCUUCAAUUUCAAGCCACCCAAAAAUCUCAAGAAGGUGGAUUUUUCCUGCAACCAAAUUUCUAAAAUGGGUGAUUUGUCGGCAUAUCAGGCUCUCACUAAACUAAUUCUGGACAGCAACGCGAUAGAAGAAAUCAGCGGCUUAGAGCUGUGCAGCAGCCUGACUCACCUCAGCCUGGCCAAGAACAAGAUCACAACCAUCAGCGGCCUGGGCGAGCUGCCCAUCAAAAUCCUCUGUCUGAGCCAUAACCAGAUUGAGAAGAUCGUGGGUUUGGAGCAGCUAAGAUCCCUGAAGAUUGUGGACCUAUCCUAUAAUCAGAUCAAGAGCCUCCAAGGCUUAGAGAAUCACGACUUCCUGGAAGUGAUCAACCUAGAGGACAAUAAGAUUUCUGAGCUGGGUGAAAUAGAAUACAUUGAAAAUCUACCUCUCCUUCGAAUUCUCAAUCUUUUGAAAAAUCCAAUUCAGGAACACUGUGAAUAUUGGUUCUUCAUCAUUUUUAUGCUACUACGAUUAACAGAAUUAGAUCAGAAGAAUAUUAAAGUGGAAGAAAAGGUUUUGGCAGUGAAUAAGUACAACCCUCCCCCGGAAGUGGUCGCAGCCCAGGAUCACCUGACCCACGUUGUCCACAGCGUGAUGCAGCCUCAGAGGAUCUUUGACAGCACCCUGCCCAGCCUGGACGCCCCGUACCCCAUGCUGGUCUUAGUGGGUCCUGAAGCCUGUGGGAAGCGAGAACUCGCCCACCGCCUCUGUAGGCAGUUCAGCACUUACUUCCGAUACGGGGCCUGUCACACCUCCAGACCCCCUUACUUUGGGGAAGGGGAUCGAGUUGAUUACCAAUUUGUCUCUGAAGAGGAUUUUAAUAAAAUGGUAAACAUGGGGAAAUUCAUUCUCACGUAUAAUUAUAAUGAUCAAAAUUACGGAUUGAGUAGGGACACCAUUGAAGGCAUUGCCAGAGAUGGUUUAGCCAGCUGUGUUCACAUGGAGAUCGAAGGUGUAAGAAGUUUGAAGCUCACCUAUUUUGAACCUCGAUAUAUCCUGGUGCUACCCUUGAACAAGAAAAAAUAUGAGGGACACCUGCGGAGGAAAGGGCUCUUCAGCCGUGUAGAGAUUGAUUUUGCUGUCUCCAGGGUGGACCAUUAUAUUAAAAUUAAUCAGAAAUCUCCAGGAUUUUUUGAUGCUGUGAUCAAUGCAGAUGAUAUGGAUGCUGCCUACCAACAGCUGAGUCAGCUAGUUCAGGAGUACCUUGGAUUGGGUGAGGACAUGGCCCCAGUUUUGGCUCCACCUGCAGGUACACCAAGUAAACAAUAUAACCCCUCACACAAGAAGACACCCUCCGGGGUCCCGGCACACCUGGUCCCCUCCCCCCGGCGCCUGGCAAAACUGCAGGCAGAUGGCCCGGCGGCAGAGCGUCUCUCUGGGGGGCAGGUCCCUGAAAACCAGAGCCAGGAGCUGAGUCCAGGGGGAGCCACCCCUCAGGGAGAGCCUUCUCCCCGUGAUCAUGUCGGUGCUGAGGCUCCUGCACAGCCUGGCUCGGCGGCUCUGAGCAUCCCCCUGGAGGCCCAGGCCACUACCCCAAACCAGAAGGAGGCCGAUGCGCCACAGCCAGCUCUUUCUUCAACAAGAACCACCACAAAGCCCCCUGAAGACGAGGCCGGGGCAUCCGAGCCGGUAGCAGGGGAAGCAGGGCAGGGGCCCCCUCGGCUCCCUGACCCACCUCCAGCCCCCAGCCCUCCGCCAGACCAGAAUGAGGAGUCAGAGGAGGCCGAGGCGACUCCCGCCAACCCGCCCUCGCCCGAACCUCCACAGGGGCCUGGCCCGACACCCCUCGGCCCUAAGAGAAGCCAGGCUGAGGACACUGAGUCAGCCCAUCUGCCACCCGGCAGUUCCCAUCAUGAUCUCCUAGGACAGCCGUCUGACCCUGAAGGAGCUCUGAUGCUCCAACCAUCUUCGCCGGGAGAUUCUCAACAAGCCCUGGAGGAGGGGGCCCCAGAGGCGGAAGUCAGGGUCAGCACUCCUUUCCCAGGACCAGCGCACCCCCAAGAUCCAGGAAAUGGCAAGCAGCCCCAGGACAGGGAAGACCCAGCGACUCUGCUUUCCAGAAGCCGGCUGGCCCCCAGCAGGCUGCCCCGGCCGCGCGUUCUCGCUCCCCUUCAGAGCCCGAGGCCCUCACCCCUACUCCCAGCAGCCCGCCCAGCCGCAGAUCAACCCAGGACGCCCUCUCCGAGGCCUCCACCAGCUCAGGAAGGGGACCCCAGUAAGCUUCCUCUCAUCAGCCCCCCAAAUUCCAAACUACCACCACCACACCUGAGCCCCCAUCCGGGCCACAGUCCUCAGCAUGUCCAAGAGGAGAGCGUCAGGGAGGUGAAACUCCCUCUGAUCAGCCCCCCGGUCCAGGAGCACACACCCCAGCCUGCCCCUGACCUGCCCCAGGAAGAGGAGGCCCCGGGGGUUAGGCUCCCUCGCCUUCCCACGCCCCUGCCUCAGAGCCGGGGUGCCCAUCCUCAGGCAAGGCCUGCCAAGGAGAGGCAAGCACCCCAAGGUGGUCGCUCCUCCAGCAAGAAGAUUCCGGAUAUGCAGGCCUCACCCCCACACCGAGAGCCUGUGCAGCAAGCAGUAGCGAGGAAAAAAAAACUUCCUACCCAGAGAGAGACAACUAGAGGGCCAGCUCACCUGACAACGGCGCCGCCCUGAAGCCACCAAACAGCCUUGCAGCCGGACUCCCAGAGCAGACACCGGCCCAGAGACCACCGCCCCCCUAGCCUCAGCCCUCCCCGGAACCCCCAGAGGAGCCAGAAAAGCAGAGCCCACCCCCCAGAGACUCCUGAGCCACCCCACGCUGAGCCAGCGCCUGGGGAUCCCGGGUUACAGGAACAGGAAGGGGGGGGGGGGGGGGGGAAGUACAGCAUACCAGAGAAAAGGCCCAAGCUACCUCCCCCAAAUGACCUGCUUCAGAAGGCAGCUAUGUCCAAAAAAGGGCCUUCUUCGAAAAAAGCACUGGAGGGUGAUCUCAAGAAAAUAUCGCCCUCAGGUGGUGAUCAGCCCACCUGGGAGGGUCCGCUGGCCCACAGGAGAGCUCCCCAGCAUGCAGAGUCCACUGCGGGCAGCCCUGCCUCCCAGGGGCGUCCCAGGAGAAAAGAAGAGGCUCAUCACAGGGGAAGGUCUCAGAAGGGAGAGCCGGUGUCAGACCUCCCUGAGCAGGACGGCUCGGCCCCCACCCCACAGCCUGCCCCAGGGACCAGCGAGACCAGAGAGAGCUCUGUGCAAGGGAACGAUGCUUCCAGGCAGCAAGCCAAUGAGAAAUAGCCCCCAAAACACGAAGGGGCAUCAUACAGAAGCUCUGCUGCACCCCAGAACCCAGUGUCUGCUGAGGAGCAGGGUGGCCGGCAGGAGAGGCUGCGAGCAAGGGGCAGCCAGAACACCAAGGUUUAGCAGUGCUGGUGCCCGAAGAAGUGCUGACCCAGGAUCAGGACGGAGAGCGUGGCAGGGGCAUUGAGUUCACACCCAACUUCCCUUUGCAACCUGAGUCAUCCAAGGAGGGCCCACCUGCACUGCCCAGUCCAGCCACUGGGUUCUUAGAAGACAGCCAGUCUUUGCCCUUGGGUGCCUCUUUUGUGGUUGGUUAUUGCAGCCUGGAAGAGCAGCCCUUAUAAAGAAAGACACCAGCCGGCAAUGGCCCCCUUCCCUCGCCAGAAAGACAGCAGUGGGCAUGGAGAAGGUGUCAGCAGGAGCCCUGGUGUCCAGACACACAUGAGCCCAACAGGAGUCAGCUUGGGGAGGCGGUGCUGUGAUGCCAUUAGUUUUGUUGUAUUCCUAAGAAAAACUGCUUUUAGAUUGGAACACUCUCCUGCCUCCUACAUUAUUGAGGGUUCGGAAGUAGGAACCCCCAGGAACAAAGCCUCUGCAGUGUGGGGGUCUUGGUCUCUCCCAAAUGCACGGUCGACGUGUGGGGACCUGAAAGCCAGAGGACACAUCUCCUGGCACAUGACUGUGAUGCAACAUUUCAGAUCCUGUUGGAACAUAUUGCUUUAAACUUCUGUUCAAAAUGAAUACCUGCCUCCCUCUCUGAAUAGGAACCUCUUGUCAAUUAGCCAAUUAGCUCAUGCCUUCAUUAUGCCCAACCAUCUGGUUGAAUCCAUUAAAAGAAUUGGGGGGUGGGGAUGAGGCAGGGAUUCAGAUGAAUUGGUGUUUUUUUUUUAUUCAGACCAUCAGGAUUCUUUUGCUGGCCAGUGACAGUUGUCAAUCCAAGCCAGCUUAUGUGACUUUCUUAGACAACCAAACGGUGGGGAGGGUGGAGGUGCAGGGAUUUGGAACCAGCUGAUGAACAUAAUCUGGGCUCUUGUCAUCUGCGUGUUUUUGUCAUCUGCUGAUUCUUACCUCUGGACUCUCAUCACCUCCUGGACCCUCGUCAGUUCUCCUCUCCGUUUUCUCCUCCGUGUUGCCUUUAUUCUCUUUGAUACCAGUGACUGUAUACCAGUUUCUGCACAUGGCAGGGAACUUGGCCACUAACAUCUCUCAAAUUUUACGUCUCACCUCAUCAAACAACUGGCAGUUCAAGAGUUCCUUGAUCAUCAGUUUUUUUAAAGGUUGAGGGAAAGACUCUGACCCAGCUUGGGUCAGGCUCAUUCUUAAACCAGUCUACUCUGUCGUAUUUAGACCUACCCAUGGUGCCCACUCCUAGCGUGUGUGGAGUCUGCAUUCCCAGAAAGAGAAUAUUGUGAGCAAAGCAACCAACCCAAGAUUCAACUCUUGAAAAGUUACAAGAUACUGAAUGCUUAUUAUACUGAGUAUGCAGUGGCAUGCUAAGUUGUGUUUGGCAUUCUGCAUGUUAAAGUGUAUUUGAUGACUAAAUACCUGUAUAAAUGUAUCUUAUCUUACACAAAAAGUAUGUAUCCACAAAAUGGAAUGUAGUAUGUCAAAUGGUAUUUCAAUGGCAGUAGAGGAAAUUGAUGUAUUUUUUCUAAAUAUUUUUUAUUGAUUUGAAAAAGAAAGGAUGGGUGAGGGAGAAAGAGAAAGAGAAACAUUG